AUGUCUGAACCACUACUGAAUCUCAAUAUCCCAGCUUCUCAACACACCGUUGACGUUUGUGUGAUUGAUAGUACAGCUGAUAUCAGGGUCCCAUUGGAAUUUUUUGUCAAAGACCCAUUGCCAGGCCAUGACAUACUGAAAUGUCCUUCCUAUGUCUUUCUCAUUGAGAGUCCUCUGGGCAGAAGAGUUCUCUUUGAUCUAGGUCUCCGGGUGGACAAAGAGUCUCUGCCUCCAGUCAUUCGCAAGGGCAUACCAGGUUUGAUUAUGGAUGCAGAGAAGGACAUUGCUACUAUUCUUCAGGAAGUUGGCCGUUAUGCACUCGAUGACAUUGAUAGCAUUAUUUGGAGCCACGGGCAUACUGAUCAUAUCGGCGAUCCGUCUACUUUUCCGCCUUCAACAGAACUCGUUGUCGGUUCUGGGUUCAAGGAUGCUAUUCUUCCAGGCUAUCCCGCUGAUCCUAAUGGUGUGAUACUCGAGAGUGACUAUGCCGGACGGCAAUUGCGGGAAAUUAGUUUCGAAAGUGGACUGGAAAUUGGCCAUUUUCGCGCCGUGGAUUUCUUUGGUGACGGGAGUUUUUACUUACUUGAAGCGCCAGGGCAUGCUGUUGGGCACAUGUGUGCGUUGGCACGCACCACCCCUACGACUUUUAUCUUCAUGGGAGCUGACGGGUGCCAUCAUUGUGGGUGUUUGAGGCCCAACAAACACGUACCCCUACCGACAGAGAUCUCCCCAUCACCAUUUUCUACGCCACCAUACUUACCAGGUACAAUCUGUCCUGGGCCCCUCCUUGAGUCAAUUCACCCGAAUCACAGCCAGACAAUGCCCUACUACAGCCAACUGUCAGCUGCCCCAGGCCGUGAUGUCGCUGAGGCCGAAGCUACCAUCUCGAAGAUGGCUUCCUUUGACGCGAGCGAGGAUGUGUUCGUUAUCAUUGCGCAUGAUAAGAGUCUUUCGGAGAUUAUCGAUUUUUUCCCCAACAAAGCGAACGACUGGAAAGAGAAGGGCUGGAAGAUAGCUAGUCGAUGGAGAUUUUUGGCAGACUUCCAGGAUGCUACUUCUAAGAGUAGUGUUGCUUGA